AUGAAAAACUCGUGAAAACAACUUAACACAAAUGCAUACAAAACACUAUACCAACAACCGAAGUGUACCUGAGUUUGUGUUCCUAACGUUUUGAAGCAGGAAGCACAGUCGAAAUAGACAGGCAGCGAAAAGGAGCAGUGAAAAUUUUUGCUAGUCACACAACACACAGUACAGUACAGUUUUGUAGUUCGAAAGUCACGAAGGAAGUUUGAACGUCGGCAGUGGGUUAAAAUUGCUAGGAAUAAAACAUCUAUUCAGGUAUACGUUCUAGUAUUUGGACACUUACCAGUGACACAGGAAAGAUGUAAGGAAUAAUUCUUCCGAUAGACGCAUUUCUACUAUAUAAGGACGGGAUUUCUUUGAGCCACUUAUUAUUACUAGAUUGUAACGAGAUGGCUAGGAACGAAACAAAAAGUUAUGAUACCUUGACUAAUCAGGACACAAAUCCGUUCAACGAUACGAAUAAAGGAUCACCAAUAAAUGAUGAAGAGGAAACGCCUCAAAGCAGCGGACUGGUCAUCCAUAUCGUACCGGAGACAAACAAAGCUCGAUGGAAUCACAUAGAAGAUUUGGAUUCUUUUUUCACCCGCGUCUACUGUUACCACCAGAAGCACGGUUUCUAUGUGAUGAUGCUGCAGAGAGUGCUGGAGCUGUUCCAGUUUAUGUUCGUCGUGGUGCUGAUCACCUACAUGACCAAUUGUAUCGACUACGGAGUUCUUUUCAAUAACAACAACUCGCACAACAAAAUUACACUCGCGGACGUCAUGCAGUCCCCUGCGGUAUGUGUCGAUUCUCUUGGCCUUUUCGAUUGGGUCCUGCUGGCGGUGGCGAUCGUCUUCUGGACAAUUCGCUUGUUCAAAUUCCUCUUUCAUUUCGCACAGUUUUGGGACAUUAAGUUGUUCUUCAACACAGCUUUAAAGAUAGACGAUGCCGACCUGGAUAAUCUCACCUGGCAUGAAGUUCAAAAACGGAUACGCGAGGUGCAGUCCGAAAUACAGAUGAGCAUUAACAAGGAACAACUGACUGAGCUUGACAUCUACCAUAGAAUUUUGAGAUUCAAAAACUACAUGGUUGCAAUGAUGAACAAAUCACUGCUACCGUCUACCAUGCAUUUGCCAUUCUUAGGGAAAUUAGUAUGUCUAAGUCAAGCCCUACGCUACAAUGUAGGGUUCCUUUUAUUCUGGGGACCAUGGUCACCGUUCGAAAACAAUUGGCACCUGCGAGACGAAUUCAAGAGAUCCAACCGACGAACCGAGCUGGCCGCCAAGCUGUCGAGUUAUAUAUUCUGGGUGGCGAUCGCGAACUUGGUGCUGUCGCCGUUUAUCUUUCUAUGCCAGUUGAUGUACUUUUUCUUUAAUUAUGUUGAUUUAAUCAAAAAAGAACCCGGUACACUGGGGAUACGCUGCUGGUCCCAGUAUGGAAAGCUCUAUUUACGUCAUUUCAACGAACUGGACCACGAGUUGGAUGCCCGACUAACGCGAGCCUACCGGCCAGCUGUGAAGUAUAUGGGCUCGUUUUCAUCCCCUCUGCUAACGGUGAUCGCAAAGAACAUAUCGUUUGUUUGUGGUGGGAUAGCGUCACUGAUAUUUCUGUUGGCUUUGUACGACGAGGAUGUACUGCAAGUGCAGCACGUGCUAGGAAUAAUGACGGUGAUGGGCGCGGCGAGUGUUAUUUCUCGAUCAAUCAUUCCCGACGAAAACAUGAUCUGGUGUCCCGAACAACUGCUUCGAAACGUUUUGGCCCAUGUACACUAUCUACCGGCAUCCUGGCGUGGUUACGCUCAUACUUCCAUGGUGCGCGAUCAGUUUGAGCAAUUUUUCCAACUGAAAGCGAUGUACAUCCUCAACGAACUGUUUAGUCCUUUCGUGGCACCGUUCGUGCUACUGUUCGUGCUGAGACCGAAAGCUUUGGAUUUGGUAGACUUUUUCCGCAAUUUCACAGUGGAUGUUGUCGGCGUGGGUGACGUAUGUUCCUUUGCCCAGAUGGACGUCCGUAAGCACGGCAAUCCUGAUUGGCAAGUCACAAACAGUGCCAUCGAGAAGGACAUAAACGAAUCGGUUCAUACCCCACUGGUGGACAAUAAUCAGUACACCCAGGGCGAACACGGUAAAACCGAACUAUCGUUGGUUCAUUUCACGCUAACAAAUCCGACGUGGCAAAUGCCUCCGGAGGCUAAACAUUUUGUACAGGGUAUCAAGCGUCACGCUCUACAGGACCUCAACAGACAGCGGGGAAUGUUGUACGGGGCCACCACAGCCGCUAAUGCGAUGGCAGAAAGUCUGCUUUCGAUGGAAAGUCUGGGUGAACAAUACCAGUCGAUUAUCCAUCCGAUUUUGCAGACACACCACCUCUCUAAUUCGCAGCAGCUUGGACUGUCGAUGAACUUGGGUGGCUUCGGAUCACCUCCGCCAUCCACUGGAGGUGGAAUCCCGCACCUAGCACCGUUGGGUGAUCUGCAGCAUUCGACUGUAACACAAUCACACUAUCGUUACAAUUCUCCUCCGUCGUUCGAUUUCGAACAUAUGCUGCAGCAGAAUCUCACCGAUGGCAGCACAGCUGCUCCCCUAAGGAGCACUUUUCUUCACAAUAUCAACGAAAAUGAUGACGAUGAGACUGGAGCCAUGGGAUCUACCGCUAAUCAGCCACUGCAUUCGAGCUUAACGGCUGGAGUUAGCGCUGGCCCCGCUGGUUGUGAGCCUAGGACCACUAUGAGCUUCAGCACUAGAGGGGGCAUGAGCAGACGAGAAGGACCUGCCGAAGGAUCAAACAAUGGGCUCCUACCCAGCUUAUACGUGGACGGCUCUGCUUCGCAUCCUGUGUCGCACGAAGUCACGACGGCGGACAUGUGUCUUAGUACUUUGUACCUGCAUGAGUUGCAUCACAAUCAUAUGCGACGGCGCGGUGGCAGCUUGCGCACCGAACCAAGUCAACGCCAGCAAUGGCAGAGACCACAUCAGCAGCAGUCACCGCUGGUUCCUUUGCCGGCGGUUGCAGGAGUUAGUGGGUCUUCCACCGAAAGGUCUUCUGGUGCGGCCGAACGAACGCCACUAUUAAGCAGCAAAAAGUCAUAGCAAAACGCCGAGUGGGUCUAAUAAUAGGCAGGUUUAGUUCUACGUUUAGAUUAGUAGCAAGCUGUCUAUCUUACGUUACGAUAAUACUAUCAUAAGGUAUCAACAAAGUGAUAUAUCACACGCGCGCAGAUACGACUAGUCAGUGUCGUUGGCUGUGUUGAGAAAGCAGAUAAUGUAAGUUCAAGGGUAUUUUUUGUUAAAAGAGAUCACAUCAGGCGAUUUACCACACGGGUGGGACAGCAGCGCAAUCGUUUGAAUCGUCAUAGUUUUAGGUAGAAAAUCGUUUUUCUUUCAAAUAAAGCUAAUAAUCAUAAAUAUUUGCUUGUAAAAUGCAUUCAUACGGACUGCCACUGCUUUUACUAUCGAUUGACAAAGCUAAUGAUACAUAAUUGAUUUGUACAUGCGGUUCCACUGUGUGAAGCAAUGUUCAGAUUUACAUUAUCUGGUACAUAUAUUUAUGUAGAUCUAUCUGGGAUAGUAUGUAUGAUGAGCAACGAAUGAUUGAAUACAUGGGCUCAGUGAAAUGACAGAAGUUUACACUUUUGUACAUAGUUAAAAAUAUUUUCUGCAUCUACAAGUGACGAGAAACCUAAUGUAAUAAUA